AGCACUCUCAGCCCACAGAGAUUGGACAGCCUGGCGCCACAUGGUAGAGAAGAACCAGGAUAAAAGAAGAGCUGGACUUCAGGACUUGUAGCGUCUGCGGCAGAACAGCUGGGAAGUAGUUUGCAGGGAGGUGGCAUCAAACUUCCAUAGCAGCUACAAGCCAGGGGAGGACAAACAGACGGACACCAGGACUGCGGACACCCACGGACGUACGUGGAGUGAGCACCAGUUGCGGAGCAUUCUGUCCCCUCUGCACCCAGCCAUGUCCCUGGGAGUAAAGGAGAAGAACCACGUGCGGUUGGUCUUCUUGGGCGCCGCUGGAGUGGGCAAGACAGCGCUCAUCCGCCGCUUCCUGAUGGAUACCUUUGAAUCCAAGCACCGGCGCACGGUGGAGGAGCUGCACAGCAAGGAGUACGAGGUGAGUGGGAACACGGUCAAGGUGGAAAUCCUGGACACCAGUGGCAGCUACUCCUUCCCAGCCAUGAGGAAGCUUUCAAUCCAGAACAGCGAUGCUUUUGCCCUGGUCUAUGCUGUAGAUGAUGCCGAAUCCUUUGAGAGCAUCAAGAGUCUGCGGGAGGAGAUCCUGGAGGUGAAGGAAGACAAGUUCCCUCCCAUCGUGGUGGUCGGCAACAAGGCAGAGAGCGGCAGUGAGCGGCAGGUGCCGGUGGAGGACGCCUUGUCACUGGUGGAGCUGGACUGGAACAGCCGCUUUGUGGAGACGUCAGCCAAGGAAAACGAGAAUGUCCUGGAAGUCUUCAGAGAGCUGCUGCAGCAAGCUAACCUGCCCAGCCGGCUCAGCCCUGCGCUCUGCAAGAGGAGGGAGACGUUGCCCAAGCAGCAGGCACUGAGGCCUCCCAUGAACAAGACCAACAGCUGCUCGGUGUGCUGAGCCGGCCGGCCAGGGCUGGCAGGAAGGCACUGGCAGCAGCGGCACUGGCUGGAAACUCAGGUGGGCUGGGUGGGGAGAGGCGCUGCCUCAGCCAAAACUAGCCUUGCUACCUCCCACCUCUUCCCUCCUCUUCCCCACCCAGCCUGCUGGACCGGUGACUUGGAGAUGACAAGGAGGAGGGACUUGGAAGGGAUGCUGGUUGCUGGAAGGGUAAGGGGACAAGGCAACUUCCCAAAAAAGCAGGAGGUGGACCUGGAAACAGGCCCUUGGUCAGCCAGCAUGUUGCAUCUGUGCUGUGGUGAGCUGGCAGGAAGGCAGGCAGCUCAUUGCAUGCUAGGAAAGGGGAACACACAAUAGGACUUUGGCUGUGUGCAUUCGGAAGGAGAUACGAGCAUCUGUGCAGCUGUAUCGCACCCGCUGGUGCCGCUCUCCCAGGUCUCAUUCAGGUCCUGUGUCACCUUGCCCCAAGCACUUGCACUUAUGACCUCCUGACAUGGCUACGGUUACAGCGACAGAUCCAGUGUCCAAAGUAGUUUUGGUUUUGUUCCUGAGGUGGGUGUGUAGAGCAUGCAGUAGGGCAGCCUGUGCAUCUCUUCAGUUUUCUUAUUUCUAUCUUUUUUUUUUUAAGCAUGCCCAAUAAACACGUUGUUGCAAAGUGGAGCUGGAAAACUUCUGGGCUUCUUUCUCCUGAUCUUCAAAUGUUGAAGUGCUUGAUAUCACUGGUUUAUGCUCAGACUCUUUAUCACUGUGUUUGCUUUCCCUUCUCCAUGCUUCAUCCCUAUCCCAAGUGUUGCAGCACCGGAGGAGCCUCCUCAGCUCCCCAGGUUCCCCUGGCAGUGUCAGGACAUUUGAUGUGAUGAUUGGGCUGACAAUUUAACCACUGAAGUUUUUACCAAAUAUGAGUACCUAAAAAUAAAAUAGCU